GGCCUAUCUAUUCCAUUUAAACACCAACCCCUUAAAACUCUCCAACCUAACCUUCCAAAAAUCAAGAACAAACCCAUAAGAAAAUGCUGGGUAGAAAAGGAAACACCAACACCUCAUACACUUGUGUGCUAUAGAGUCCCCAUCAUUGAGAAUUGAGAUGUCAGACUCUAACUUCAUCACUCUCUAUCUGCAGGAAAAAAAAAGAUCACUUCCAAUGGAUGGUUCAGGCAAGACUCUCAGAAGAUCAAUCCACUGUUUUCUUCAAAACUACCAUUAUUUCACCUCAACAGCAGCUUUCCUAGCCUUUCCUUUCUCAGCAUCAAUACUCCUGUCACAAGCUUUAGUUCCUACCUCUUCCUCUCUCCUACCUCAAAUAUACAAUCACCUUAGAAUUCUCUUUGAUGCUGCAGGCUUUCCCUCCUCAUCACAAUUGUUUACCCGCAAGGUUUCUCAAACAAUCACUUCCUCAAUCUUCACCCUUCCACUCACCCUCACCUUUUUCCUCAUUGCAAAAGCAUCUACAAUUCUGGCUCUGAAUCACCACAGACAAAAUUUAUUACCACCUUCCUUCAAUUGCCUAAUACACCAUUACAAGCCAAUUCUCCACACCUAUAUUCACAACUCUUUCUUGAUUCUCUCUGCUAAUGCAUCUUCUUUUUGCCUCUUUUUUCUAUCAUUGACCUUUGCUGAAGGGCUAGGAUACUCUUCCCCAAGCUGCACACUUUUUCUCUCAGCUGCAACUGCAGUUGUUUCUUCUGUGAUCCUUGCCACUGCACUUGUGAUUUGCAACAUGGCACUUAUCAUAUCUGGCAUGGAGGGACAUGGUGGCUACAUGGCAAUUCUGAAAGCAUGUGUUCUUCUAAGAGGAAACACAUCAAAGGCUUUGUUCUUGGCUCUGCCUGGGAAUUUAGCCCUGGCUGCUAUUGAAGCAUUGUUCCAAUUCCGAGUUGUAAGAGCCUAUCACAAUGUUGGGAAUUCAAUCAAUUCAUGGCCUUUUAUGGCAUUAGAGGGAAUUUUCAUUGCUUAUUUGUACUCAAUUUCCAUCAUCAUUGACACAAUUGUGAGCUGCAUGUUUUACAAAAGUUGCAACAUGGGGUCGUUGGUUGAUCAAGAAGACAUGCAUUUUUCGAGGAUUGAAUUGGCGGAGGAGCAGAAUUAUGAACUUGGGAUUCAAGAACUUUCAAGAACUAUAUACCUUGAGUAAGCUAAGGUAGCAUGUUGCUAUCAUUAAUUUGAUCAAGGUACAUGUGUUUCACAAAAGAGAAGGUGGUGAUCAUUUUAAACUAUAGUAUAUAGUAGGUAUUGGAAAAGUUCAUUCAUAUUUUGCUUGAAUCAAAUCGAGCAAUUUCCAAAGGCAUAAAUUUAGGAAACUCAGCUCAGAAAUGUGCAAAAACAUGGAGCUAGAGAUUAGUUUAACAUUUUUAAGUUAAUGUCUUUAUUUUUUGUUCUUAAACUCUGUCCCUUUUUUUUUCAUUUCAUCACGUUACGUUGUUAAUUGAUUGGCAAUCUAUUAAUGUGUGAAAAAUACAAAGGUUUCUGUUUA